AUGCCACAAACAAGUAUUGCCAUGACUGCCGAAGUAUUUCUCUAUACGGGUCAGCCUCGCCAUGACAUCCCAAGAAGCAUACGCCAUGUCAAGGUGGACCCAUCCAUCAAAGAGAUCCCCGAGAAAACCUUCCUCAAGUUUGAAUCCUUGUCCACUGUGGAUCUACCAGAGGGUCUUCUUCGGAUAGACGUCAGAGCGUUUGAAGGUUGUAGGCUCUUGAGGGUACUCACCGUCCCUUCGACAGUGGUGGAAGUAAGAAAGAGGGCCUUUGCGUUCUGUUAUGACUUGACGUCUGUGGAAUUCGCGCCACAAGGUCUGGAGUCACUCGGUGAAGGUGUCUUUCACUACUGUGUCUCUUUGGUGAAUGUUCGACUUCCCUCCUCUGUCUCGGAUUUCGGAACCGGCCUCUUCGAAUUCUGUGCCAAGCUGCAUCAGCAGUUUCCGGAAGGUGCUGAUAUUGUGUUGGCGCUUCAGAAACGUUUCCUGUCGCUGCCUUUGCAUGAGCUGUGUUAUGAGCAAGCCUAUGAAUCCUCGGAAGAGACUCUUUUAAAAUUGAAACUUAUUGUAAAAGAGGCGAAAGAUGGUUUAGGAUUUUCCCCGGACUGCUUUGGAAUGACACCUUUGCACGUUUUGUCCCUUUCCCACCAGCAUUCCGACACCACUGUUUUUUCAGAAAUCAUGAAGCUGCGGUUGGACGAUCUCAUGACCAAGGACCAACAAGGAAAGCUACCUCUCCACUAUGUUUGCCUCAGCAAUGCGCCUGUUGAGAUCUUUCGCCUAGCCUUGGAUACGCAAUGCACCUCCUUUCCAAAUCACAAACCCGAUUGGAAGACCUUGGUAUGGAUCACAGAAACGGUAGAAACAUACAAGUAUGUCGUGCACUCGAGUGUCGAAGAUCGGGUCCGUAAACUGGGACUAUUUGCUUGGAGGGAGGACAUACGAGAAACAGUUGAGAGUAUCGGUGAGGAGUGGCGUUUCAAUUCUAGACCAAGACAUUUGCGUCAAGUUCAUUCGAAGCUUGUAAGGUACGAGAAACGUGAGACGCUUUUGAUACUAAAACUUGCCUUGUGGAAGGCAAAGAUUGAUGAAGUUACAAAGGCGGAAGCAGCAAGAGCAUCCAUGUAUGGUGUUCCAUCUGAGUCCAUUGAUCGUGAACACUGCCUUGUUUGUUGUAGCGAUGAGUUGAUUUUGUCUAGUAUACUUCCAUUUCUCGAGUCUCAACGAUUGCGAAGGUAA